AUGCUGCCCCUGCUGCUGCUGUCCCUGCUCUGGGGGGGGUCCCUGCAGGAGGAACGAGGGUACUGGCUCCAAGUGCAGGAAUCAGUGACGGUGCAGGCGUGCCUGGGGGUCCACGUGCCCUGCUCUUUCUCCUACCCUUGGAGUUCGUGGUACUCCUAUGGAGAACCCUUCAUCUAUUGGUUCCGGGAAGGGGACGACAUACACCGCAGUGAUCCUGUGGCCACAGACAACCCAGGGAGACGAGUGAAGCCAGAGACCCAGGGCCGAUUCCACCUCCUCGGGGACCCCAGGAAAAAGAGCUGCUCCCUGAACAUCAGACAUGCCAGGAUGAGCGACACAGGAGUCUAUUUCUUCCGAGUGGAGGGAGGUGAUGUGGAAUACAGUUACACAGAUAAGAAGCUGAAUUUGCAGGUGACAGCCCCAACAGAGAAACCUGACAUCCAUUUUCUGGAGGCUCUGGAGUCCGGCCGCCCCACAAAGCUGACCUGCCGCCUGUCACUAGUCUGUGAUGGGGGAAGAGUUUUCUCAUUCUCCUGGGCAGGGGAUGCCCUUGGUGCCAUGGACCCAGAGACCCUCCACUCCUCGGUGCUCACCUUCACCCCGAGGCCCCAGGACCAUGGCACCAACCUCACCUGUCGUGUGAACCUCCCAGGAGAUCAAGUGACCAUGGAGAGAACCAUCCGGCUCAAUGUCUCCUAUGCUCCGUGGAACCUCAGCAUCAACCUCUCCUUCAGAAAUGUCACAGGCACGACCCUCAAGACUCUGCAAAACAGCUCAUCCCUUCUCAUCUCGGAGAGCCAGGCUCUGCAGCUGCUCUGUGUUGCUGACAGCAACCCCCCUGCACAGCUGAGCUGGUUCGGGGCUUCCCCAGCCCUGAACGCCACCCGCAUCUCCAGCACCAAGAUCCUGGAGCUGCCAGGCUUUGGCGCUGCAGAAAGAGAAUUCACCUGCCGAGCUCAGAACACUCUGGGCUCCCAGCAAGUUUCUGUCAACCUCGCUGUGCAGAAUGACCCCUCUUGCUGCAGCUGUGUGACUGAGGCUCAGCAGGGCUCCUGGCCCCUGGUCAUCACCCUGAUCAGAGGGACCCUCAUGGGGGCUGGCUUCCUCCUCCCCUAUGGCCUCAUCUGGAUCUACUACACCAGGUGUGGAGGUCACCAGGCAGCAGGGCUGAGCCUCCCUCCUUCUCAAGACGGGAUUCACGGGUGA